AACAUCACAUGUCUGUUUCUCUAUUAUCUCGUUAGAGAAUAAAGAGAGAAAAGAAGUCACCGCUGCUAUUUUGCUCUUCAGUUUUCUUUAAAUAGUAAUUCUACACCACCUGGCGAUUGCAGAGACGGCGUUGCUUGCUGGCACUCAAGGGUCCAGGCGGCUGAUCCUGUGCACGCCACGCCACAGCAACACCGCAACACCGCAAUACCAGCAAAUUUAAAUUUUCAGAUAUUUUCUAUUUUUAGGAUUAACCAAUCAAAAUCGAGAAAUCUAAUAUUUUUUGUUUCCCAUUUUCUGAUGAUGCGGACUUCGAGAAAUCCGAUCCUUAUUUACUGACUCGGCGUAUUGCGGUCGAUCUCUCAUCCAUGUAGAGCAUUGAGAGGGAGUGGAUCUUUGAAGGAAAGCAAGCUUUCAGUUUUGGGCUUUGUUGUUGUUGAUAGUGAGGUUUACUUGAAUUUUGGUACACACUGUAGUUUGUUGUUGUUUAGAGGCGAAGGGAGUUUGUGUUUGAUUUUAUCAGUUUUGAAGAAGAAGAAGAUACUUGUAAGUAUAAUUUUGUAAGGGAAGUUAUAUAGAGUUGUAAAAUUUGAUUUUGUUUUAGAGAUUAAGAGGAAGAGAAAUCAGGAAGUAUAGUUUUGUAAGGGAAGUUAUAUAGAGUUAUAAAGUUUGAGUUUGUUUUAGAGAUUAAGAGGAAGAGAAAUCAGGAAGUAGUCAAGAUGGUUACUACCAAUUUGUUUCACUGUAGAAAGAAUUCAUGGCCGCCUGAGGAGUAUGUCAGCAGAACUACUUUGCAACUAUUUGAUUUUGAUAGUGCUGCCCCACCACAACAGGCCUGGAGAAGGAGAUUAAACAGCCAUGCCAAUAUUCUCAAGGAAUUCAGUGUUACAUUCAAGGAAGCAAUAAAAAUGGUUCGACUGGGUAUACGGCUGUGGUCCUAUGUCAGGGAAGAGGCAUCUUAUGGAAGGAAAGCACCGAUAGAUCCCUUCACGCCGGGAAGGUGCAAGCCAUCAGCAUCUCAAGGGGUCCCACUUGGAGGAAUGGGAAGUGGAAGCAUAUCUAGAGGUUUCAGAGGUGAGUUCAGGCAGUGGCAAAUUGUACCGGGUAUAUGUGAUGCUUCACCUGUCAUGGCCAAUCAGUUCUCUAUUUUUAUAUCUCGAGAUGGAGGAAAUAAGAAGUAUGCUUCAGUUUUGGCUCCAGGGCAACAUGAAGGUUUAGGCAAAGCUGGUGAUCAGGGUAUAUCGUCAUGGGGCUGGAAUUUAAGUGGUCAGCAUUCGACAUAUCAUGCGCUAUUUCCUAGGUCAUGGACAAUAUAUGAUGGUGAACCAGACCCUGAAUUGAAAGUCUCUUGUAGACAAAUAUCGCCAUUCAUACCUCAUAAUUACAGAGACAGCAGUCUUCCUACUGCCGUUUUUGUCUAUACAUUGGUGAACACUGGGAAGGAAAGGGCGAAAGUUAGCCUUCUCUUUACAUGGGCGAAUUCAAUUGGAGGACUCUCACACUUGUCAGGAGAUCAUGUGAAUGAGCCAUUCGUAGGUGAAGACGGAGUCUCUGGAGUACUUCUACAUCACAAGACUGCUAAGGGUAAUCCUCCAGUUACCUUUGCAAUAGCUGCAUGUGAAACACAGAAUGUAAAUGUGACUGUUCUCCCAUUCUUUGGGCUGUCUGACACAAGUUGUAUCACAGCAAAGGAUAUGUGGGGUAAAAUGGCGCAGGAGGGACAAUUUGAUCGGGAGAACUUUAAUUGUGGGCCAAGCAUGGCUUCAUCACCUGGGGAGACAGUUUGUGCUGCAGUUUCUGCAUCCACAUGGGUAGAACCUCAUGGAAAGUGUACUGUUGCAUUUGCUCUUGCAUGGUCAUCACCAAAGAUAAAAUUUUCCAAGGGAAGCUCAUACCAUAGGCGAUACACAAAAUUUUAUGGUACUUCUGAAAGAGCAGCUCAGAAUUUGGUGCAUGAUGCAUUGAAGAAUUAUAAGUGGUGGGAGGAAGAAAUUGAGAAAUGGCAAAAUCCUAUCCUCAAAGAUGAAAGGCUACCAGAAUGGUACAAGUUCACAUUGUUUAAUGAGCUCUACUUUUUGGUUGCUGGUGGAACUGUCUGGAUUGACUCUCCCCUAAUGAUUGAAGAUAUGAGUGAGAGCCAUCAUACGUCAGAAGAAACAGAAACUGUGGAUGUCAAUGCAAUUGAAGCCCAAGUGAGACCCGGCGAAGGUGCAGUCAAGCAUGCUAUAACUAAUAGUUAUCAUGUCGGUAGUGUUGAUUCUGAAGAAGAAAGUGAAACAUCAAAUAUACAAUAUCCGAGCAAAGAUGAAUCACCAGGGUCUCAGGAGAAUGGAAACUUCAGCCACUCGUUACAGCAUUCCCCAUUACUGGAAACCCAGAAUAACAGUGAUGAUGAUGAUGUUGGUAGGUUUUUGUAUUUGGAAGGAGUAGAAUAUAUCAUGUGGUGCACAUAUGAUGUUCACUUCUAUGCAUCCUUUGCCCUCCUCGAAUUGUUUCCCAAAAUUGAACUCAGUAUUCAGCGUGAUUUUGCUAAAGCUGUGCUAUCUGAGGAUGGAAGAAAAGUGAAGUUUCUGGCAGAGGGUAAUGUUGGAAUCCGGAAGGUCAGAGGAGCUGUCCCUCAUGAUCUUGGAACACAUGAUCCCUGGAAUGAAAUGAAUGCAUACAAUAUACAUGAUACAAGCAAGUGGAAGGAUCUGAACCCGAAGUUUGUGCUCCAGGUGUAUAGAGACUUUGCUGCUACACAGGACAUGUCCUUUGGGGUUGAUGUGUGGCCUGCAGUUCGAACUGCCAUGGAGUACAUGGAACAAUUUGAUAGGGAUGAUGAUGCUUUGAUUGAAAAUGAUGGCUUCCCGGAUCAAACAUAUGAUACAUGGACAGUUCAUGGUAUAAGUGCUUACUGUGGCUGUUUAUGGCUCGCAGCACUUCAAGCUGCAGCUGCAAUGGCCUUUCAAGUAGGUGACAAGUAUUUUGGUGAAUUAUGCAAAAGCAAAUUUGUGAAAGCAAAAUCAGCAUUUGAAGCUAAGUUAUGGAAUGGUUCAUAUUUCAAUUAUGACAGUGGAUCAAGUAGUAACAGUAAAUCCAUACAGGCAGAUCAAUUGGCUGGGCAAUGGUACACAGCAUCUUCAGGCUUGCCACCGCUUUUUGAUGAUUCCAAAAUUAGAAGUGCUCUUCAGAAAAUUUAUGAUUUUAAUGUAAUGAAAGUUAAAGGAGGUAAGAUGGGUGCUGUAAAUGGAAUGCAUCCCAAUGGAAAGGUGGAUGAUACUUGUAUGCAGUCACGAGAAAUAUGGACUGGUGUCACCUAUGCUGUGGCUGCUAACAUGAUUCUUGCUGGAAUGGAGGAUGAGGCAUUCACUACUGCUGAGGGCAUUUUCCUUGCAGGUUGGUCAGAGGAGGGAUAUGGAUACUGGUUCCAGACACCAGAGGGCUGGACGAUUGAUGGGCACUUCCGUUCCCUCAUUUAUAUGAGACCACUAGCAAUUUGGAGCAUGCAAUGGGCAUUAUCACUUCCUAAGGCAAUUCUUGAGGCUCCAAAGAUCAACAUAAUGGACAGACUUCUCCUGUCUCCUAGCACAAGAUUCUCUCUUCAUGAAAUGGGGGUCAGAAAGAUUGCAACUAAAGCCAAGUGCUUUGGAAAGUCUGUCUUCAAUUGCGCAUGCUAAGCAUGCCAUGUAAGUUCCUUCAUCUUUGUAAAAAAAAAAAAAAUGUUUCACUAAAAUCUUUGAUACCUUUUCCCAAUUACCCUUCCAGAAGAAGAAACUGGGAGAGGUUUUGGGAGAGGUGUCUCUUUCUUAAGACGGGCAAUAAAAGCUAAUACCUUGGUAGGCAUUUAGUUACAUGGUAUAGGAUGAGUCUUUCUUUGUCAUCGUGUAAUAUUCUUUUUUAUGAAAAUCUAAUCUUUAUUCCUUAUUGUAUUAGUACAGGCUGAAUACUUCUAACUAUAUGUGAGAUUUUAAGGUCCUAGUUGGAAAAAAGAGUCUACUUAAAAUUUACUUGUCAGUUUAAGGUACAUCAUACUUACUAAAAUUUAGGACAUUCAAGUUCUACUGAGAACAAAAAGAACAAUUUUGAAUGCAUUUUGGUA